UUUAUUCUAGUUUUUCAUGAAACCACUUAAUGUGUAAAAGAAGCUCUUUCUCACAGCUUGGAUCUCAUUUGCAUGGAAAAAAAGAGGGAUAUGUCAUCUGAUGUAAAUAAUUAUCUAUAAUCAUCAGUUGAAUGGAGUAGCAGCUUGAUUUAAUCUGGCUGCUCAUGCUGAUGGCAACUUAUAAAGAUUUAGGAGUUGGAGCAUCAAAAGGAAGCAUGAAAGGAAGCGAGAACAAGAUGCCAAGAAUGGAGGAUAUUCUUAAUCUCCCUGUGCAGGAUCCUCCUUAUGCUGAGUUUUCAGCAGCGCAUCUCAACUGGGUAAAAGUGGAUGGGGGGCGCCAAGGUGGUGAUGAUAUUGCUUUAAUCCCAUUCAGUAGAGUGGAUGAUUUCGUCAAAGGCGAAUCCAAUAAAGUAGAGUGCCCUGCUAGUUUCCGUAUCGAGUCAAGAAGAAAGCGUUCUGAAGGAAGUGUCAGCAAGCCAAGAGUUGAUGGCUACCUUGAAUAUACAAUAUAUUGGUGUUCUUAUGGCCCUGAAGACUAUAGGGACUGUGAUUCUGGUAUUGGUGAUUUCCCAAAUAACAAACCAACUUCUGGAAAGGGGAGCAGGCCAGGAAGGAGGCACAUGAUGAGAGGUUGCCUAUGUCAUUUUACAGUGAAGCGCUUGUAUACUCGACCAUUACUUGCCCUCAUUAUAUUCAACCAAAAGAACCAUGUUGAUAAAACAGGUGCCCCAUGUCAUGGUUCUCUGGAUAGAGAUGCUAUAGGGACUCGGGCCAUGUAUGCUCCAAGGAUUUCAGAGGAACUAAGGCAGAGGAUUAUGUCUUUGCUCUAUAUUGGGGUUCCUUUGGAUAACAUCAUUCAGCAUCACACUGAAGAAGUAGAGAGGCAUGGUGGUCCUUGCAAUCGAGAUGAUUUUCUCACUCGAAAUGACGUUCGAAAUAUGGAGAGGGUCAUUAAGCAAUCCACAUAUGAACUCCAUUUAAAUGAUGCAGUUAGUGUCCGUAUAUGGGUACAACGCCAUCAAAAGUGUGUUUUCUUCUUCCAAGAUAGUCCUGAUACAGAGUCAUUUAUUUUGGGCAUUCAAACUGAGUGGCAAUUGCAGCAAAUGCUCCGUUAUGGUCACAACAGUUCCAUUGCUGCAAAUUCCAUGUUUGGAUUGAACAAACUCAAGUGUCCUUUGUGCACCUUGUUAGUGUUUGAUGCAUACCAGAAUGGGAUCCCUGUCGCAUGGGUCAUUUCAUCUAGUUAUGCAAGUCAAGAUAUUCAUAUGUGGAUGGGCUCACUUGUUGAAAGGGUUCGAGCAAGGGACCUUAAUUGGAGGCCCACUGCCUUCCUCAUUGAUGAUCCCUCUUUUGAAAUUUCUGUUAUCAGAGACAUCUUCCAGUGUAGGAUUCUUUUGUGUCUUUGGCGUGUUCGGCGAGUUUGGAUAAGGAACCUCUUAAAGAAAUGUUGCAAUUUUGAUGUGCAAAGGGAAAUGUUCAAGCAUCUUGGUCGCAUUCUCUAUUGCUCAAGGAGUGGCCCAAAUGCCACAGAUGUAGUUGAGGAGUUUAUGCAAGUUUUUGUUGAUCAAACCGCAUUUUUGGAGUACUUUAAGGCUUUUUGGUUGCCAAGGAUAGAUAUGUGGGUCUCUGCAAUGAGGACUCUCCCUCUAGCAAAUCAAGAGGUUCUUGCUGCAAUUGAGUCAUAUCAUUCAAGAUUGAAAUCCAAAUUGCUUAGUGACCCUCCUUCUAGGUCUUGGCAUCGGGUUGAUUGGCUGGUGCAUGUAUUGACAACUGAAUUCCAUUCCCUAUGUUGGUUUGAUCAAUAUGCUGAAGAAAGCGCUUUCUUUAGGAACAUGAGGGAACAAUCCUUCUCAAUGAACUCCUGGCGCAGGGCAUUGCAUAUUUCUGAUGAUGAUGUUAUAUUGGAUGAAGAAGACCUUCUCUUUGUAAAAGUUAUCUCCCAAUCAGACCGGAGCCAUGCAUACACCAUAUGGAAUCCCGGUUCUGAGUUUUCUUUAUGUGAUUGCCCUUGGUCUAGGCAUGGGAAUGUAUGCAAGCAUAUAAUCAAAGUGGGUGUUUUAUGCAGGCAUCGUCAAGUGGCUAGACCAUCACUAGCUCUGCAAGCUUAUCGAGAGAUAUUGCUCUCUCUCCUGCAAAACCCUCCUGAUGACCCCAUUGUUCUAGACCAUGCUAUGGUGCAUGCUACACGAAUGCAACAAGACCUCAAGGGUCUCGAAGAGCUAUCUUCUCGUGGCUUGCUCCAGCCUGUUAUCCACUUGGAAACAAACUCUAAUGGGGCUGAGAGUUUCGUACCUCAGGUUAAUGCACCCUUUGAGAGGUUUGUAAAGAGGUCAUGGGCCUUGAGUCCUGGAUCAACCCAACUUGACUUUGGUGGGAGAUCUUCUCUUGCGAUUAGUUCGCAAGCAUUAAUCAACAAUCAGAUGAGAGAGGUUGUUCAGUUUCUAAAAGUUCCUCAAGUUUCAAAUGAGAGGCCCAUCAUAGGUGAGCAUGCAGUCACUGGCAAUGGUGAUGUGAGGCAUGGGAUCGGUUGAUUGUUUUGAUUGCUGAAGACUUCAGAACUCCAAUGCCCAGGGAAUAUGGGGCUUGCUUGUUGAUGCAUAUGGACUGAACAUGGCAUUCAUUUUGUUUUUGUGGUUGAAGAGGAAACUGCUGAAUUCAGCCGUUAUUGAAGCAUCCAGAUAAGAGACAGAUAAGCCAGGUCCUGGGGAGGAUCGGUUGUGAAGUGAACCUGGUUGGCACACUGUGUUCUGGAUUGAAGGAAAGUUGAAGAAUGAUUUGCAUUUGUCUGCUGUUGCUGUGGACCUUCUGUGUGACCACAAGAGCAGAUUGAGGCAGUUUCAUGGAUAUAUCUUAAUGAAGAGAAAUGUAAUUUUCAAAGCAAGAUACCCAUAACUUAAUGGGGUGGGACAUUAAUGGCUGAUGUAUGACAGAUAUCUGGACAGUUCCCUUGUCCCUCAUGGGACAGAGGAUCAUCUGAUGGAGUCCUUUUGUUCAAUAAUAAGUUUAGGUGUACAAUGAAGAUUUAUUUCGAGGCUUGAAUGCACUUUUUGCUGAGGAAGAACAUUUAUCAAGGAAUGUGCCCAUGGCCUGGGUGGUUAGGGCGGGGAGCUACAUCAUGACAUCAAAGGGUUCCAUUCUGCUCCUGUUAAAAUGUAAAAAAAGAAAGAGGAACUUAUUUAAGUGAUGUUAACAUGACACCAGUUAGACAAAUGUUCGUUUUUUUGUGUGAAGUUUUAUUUGGAGAAAUAACACUAUCCUCCCUAAUAGAAAUUAUCCUUAUCAAAGCUCCA